AGAAAAAAAAAGACACGAGAGAAGCAGUCAGGCCCGCGGAGCAGCACGUCCAGACGGGGCAACGGAGCCUCUUUCGGAGAUGGGCUACUUCGCCCAAAGAGGAAGGAGACACAUUUGAACUGUGUAGCUACAGCCUGGAUUCGGCGUGGUGUUUCUGGCCGCUCAUAUGCAAGAGUUAUUUGUUGUUUAAAAUGUGGGAGAUGGUGGCGUUACCGAGAGGGAGCUCUCCCUUCCUGUCGUCUAGGACAAGAUGGCAGCAAUGCAGGCGGACUGUGCAUGGUAUGGAUCUAUAAGUCCAUAACAUGUCCAGAGAAGCCCGGGAUUAUACUUAUAGUGACUCUGUGUGAAGGUAUGGCCUCACAAGUCCUGGUCUACCCACCACACAUUUAUCAAACCCAGACAAGUGCCUUUAGCAGCGUGAAGAAACUCAAAGCGGAGCCCAGCAGCUGUGUGUACCAUGAGAGAGCACACCUGUCGACUCAUCUGAACCGCAGAACCCUUGGAAUCGUGCAGCCGACCAAACAAGCCCGCUCGUUUGUGAACCCUGACUCGGCGGCGGGCGUGAAAGUGCGCGGAGGACAACAGUACACGGUGCAGACGGUGGUGGUCCGUGGUGUACAGAGACAAGAGACUGGUAAUAGAGGAGGAGGACGAGGCCAAGGAGGAGGAGGACGAGGCCCGGCGGCGGCCCAGCAGCGACAGGACACAGGGGUCGUCCACUCGCAGGGCAAAGAGGAGCAGCAGCAGCAGCAGCAGCAGCAGACAGACACAGCAAGUGGGGGCAGCAGUGGAGCAACAGGGGCAGGAGGAGGGGGAAGGGGAGAGGGCCGGAGUGGAGGGGGAGAGGAAGAGGGUGACAAAGAAGAGGACUGUGGAGGUUUGAACUCAGCCGACGGCCCCCAGCGAUGCGGGCUGAAACGCAAGAGUGAGGAGCUUGGGAACCGAGGGAGCACCAUGCAGAUUGUGGAGGAACUGACGAUGCUGCCUGCCAUAAUGCAAACAACGAAUGUGGGGAACGCGGCCGCGGGGGGGCCCUCGAAAGCGGGUGCAGGAGGGAUGGGAGGAGGGGACGGGGACUAUCAGGUGGUACAGCAUGAGGUCUUGUGCUCCAUGAAGAAUACUUAUGAGGUGCUGGAUUUCUUGGGCCGCGGCACCUUUGGCCAAGUGGUGAAGUGCUGGAAGAGGGGCACGGGCGAGGUGGUGGCUGUGAAGAUCUUGAAGAACCACCCUUCGUACGCGCGGCAGGGUCAGAUCGAAGUGGGCAUCCUGGCCCGUCUGAGCGCGGAGAACGCCGACGAGCACAACCUGGUGCGAGCCUUUGAGUGUUUCCAGCACCGCAGCCACACCUGCCUGGUGUUUGAGAUGCUCGAGCAGAACCUGUACGAUUUCCUCAAGCAGAAUAAGUUCAGCCCGCUGCCCCUGAAGGUGAUCCGCCCCGUGCUACAGCAGGUAGCCACGGCGCUGAAGAAGCUGAAGAGCAUGGGUCUGAUACAUGCAGACCUCAAGCCGGAGAACAUCAUGCUGGUGGACCCAGUGAGACAACCGUACCGGGUGAAGGUGAUAGACUUCGGCUCAGCCAGCCACGUGUCCAAAGCAGUGUGCUCCACGUACCUCCAGUCUCGGUACUAUAGGGCUCCAGAGAUUAUUUUGGGAUUGCCGUUUUGUGAAGCCAUAGACAUGUGGUCCCUAGGCUGUGUGAUAGCUGAGCUUUUUCUGGGCUGGCCGCUGUACCCCGGGGCCCUGGAGUACGACCAGAUUCGCUACAUUUCUCAGACGCAAGGUCUGCCAGGGGAACAUCUAUUGAAUUCUGGGACAAAGAAGACACGGUUCUUUUGCAAAGAGUCUGACUCACCUUAUGCAGCAUGGAGACUAAAGUCAACAGAUGAGCAUGAGACUGAGACUGGAAUGAAAUCAAAGGAAGCCAGGAAGUACAUCUUCAGCUGUUUGGACGACAUAGCGCACGUGAACUUGGUGAUGAAUCUGGAAGGUUGCGACCUGUUGGUGGAGAAGGCGGACCGCCGAGAGUUUGUGGGCCUGCUGAAGAAGAUGUUGUUGAUUGAUGCGGAGGAGAGGAUCACCCCUGCAGAAGCUCUCAGCCACCCCUUCGUAACGAUGCAACACCUGCUGGACUUUCCCCAUAGUAACCAUGUGAAAUCAUGUUUCCACAUCAUGGAUGUUUGCUGGACUCGUCCCAGUGCAUACGAGGCGGCCAACAGAAACAAAGGGCCUUUCAUCCGAACUGUUGCCACGACAGCUGCUGCCUCUGUCAACCACCCAUUCAGCAAGAUUACCGGUGUCCACCCUCAAGGAUUAGCCCCAUCAGCCCAAUCAGUGAUGCACCCUGGGAUACCACUGCAGACAGGAAGUGGACAGUUUGGAUGCAGCGAUUCAUUUCCACAGGCACUCAUUCUGUGUCCCCCAACCAUUCAAGGAAUCCCCACCAACACAGCUAAACCAACAGGCUACUCUGUUCGAAUGGAGGGAUCUGUGCCUCUGGUCACUCAAGCACCUUCCAUCCAGCCCAUACAAAUCAGACCUGGAGUCAUCACACAGUCCUGGUCCAGCCGUGCACAGCAGAUCUUGGUGCCCACUUGGCAGCAGGUGACAUCAGUGCCUCCACCACCAACCACUUUGGCAGCUGACUCUGUAGCCGGCUCACAAAGAUUGGGUGACUGGGGGAAAGUGCGUCCCCAUGGUAACCAUUACAGCUCCAUGAUUGCUCAUUCUCAGCCAUUCUUAACCAACCAAAUGGCCAUGUCCACCCACCAGCCAAUCAACAUAGGCAUUGCACAUGUGGUGUGGCCACAGCCAGCUGCCAACAAGAGAGCCAAGCCUUGUGUGAACAGGGGCAGCAACUUCUCCCAAAACACAAACGUCCAAAAUAUAGCAUGCCAGUCCCCAAAGAUGGCCGAUACAGCAAAGAAUGUGCAGCAGGUGGAAGCCAGAUUCCCAGAGGAAGGGCAUGCUGCUGGAGAGGGGGCAGGGACACCGCAGGUGGAGGAGGAUGAGAACUGCUGUAAAGUGGAGCCGGACUGUGAGGAGCUGUCAGUUUCUCAGGAGCAGCGGCAGGCCAUGGUGAUCUCCGACUUAGCUAGCCCAACUGUUAGUGUCAUCAGCAUCAGCAGCGACGAAGAGGAGAGCGCUCAACGGCACUCAAUGGGGGAGUGUAAGGGCAGUGCGGCUUGUGAGGCGUGUCAGAGUACAGUCAGUAUGGAGAGAGUCUGCUCCCUCAGCAGUCCAGACAGCACGCUCAGCACCAGCUCUUCAGCCUCAGCCCAGUCCAGCACCUCACCCUGCAAACACCCCAACAGCAUGUCGGACGACGAACAGGAGAGCUGUUGCGACACGGUGGACAGCUCGCCCGCCUCGAACGCCUCCGGCCAUAGCAACAGUCCCUUCGCACAGCAGCGCUUUAUCGCAGACGGCAACCAUAACCGCGAGCCCCGCGUUGCGUGCGUGGCCCCGGAGACCGAGCCCAGCAGGCCGACAGUUCGCACCGUCGUGGUGCCUCCAAUGAGAGUGCAUAACAACAACUACCCUGCUGUUAGCGAAGCAUAUGGUCACUCAGAGUCUAUAUGCCUGUCCAAAGGGUGGGGCCUUCCUGGGCGACAUCAUCACCAGUCAACUCCCCUCCUCAACAGGCCGCAGAAGAUGCCCCCUGCAUUCCAGCCCCAGCAACAGCAGCCUAUAGGGUUUGGGCAGGUGCAGCAUUUUGGAUCCUGCCACCAGGAAUGGAACGGCAACUUUGCCCACCGGCGACCACAGGCCUAUAUUCCUCCUACAAUGCAUGGGCACACAUUCACCCUGUCCCACAGCAGCCCAAACCACACCACGGGCCCCCACCCCCUCCCCCACCUUGGGGGCCACCCUCACACGCAGCCCACCUUACUGUCCUACCCCCCGUCUGGCCCCCUGGUCACGGCCGCGCCCGUGGCCCACCUCCUGGCUUCCCCCGUAGCCUCCCGCCCCGUCCUCCAGCCCACCUACAGCAUCUCCCACCCGGCAGGCAUCGUGCAUCAGGUCACGGUGGGCCUCAACCACCGACUGCUGCCCUCCCCCACCUUGCACCCACAGGGCCCAUUCAAGCCCCUCUUUCCUUCCUACAUUGCCUCGCCCGCCUACGCCAGUUUCCCUCUCAGCCCCACCAAAAUAAACCAGUACCCUUACAUCUGAGCACAGCUGCCCAGGUGCCCUUUACACCACCCGAGGGCUGAGUGAGCGAGCAGGGCGAAAUCGAUCUUAGACCACAUGGUUCUCAUUUUCAAAAACCAUGGCACAACCAGAGAGAAAGCAAGCUAUUUUUUGAAUCAUGUAGACUUGUGUGUAAUUGAACUUCAAGCUUUAACAAAAAAAAAAAAGAAGAAGACGAAGACGAAGAAAAAAAGAUCACCAAUGGUUGAGAUGAUUUUGGCAAACAUUUAGAAGGAAACAGUGUAUGAAUGAUCGGAUGAAUGAGUAGUUAAACUCACACUUAAUGUGUAUUUUGCACAUUUGAUAUAUAUCUUUGCAUUGGAUCUUCUACGAAUACUCCUCAAACAGGUAAAAUAAUUGGGGUGGUGUUGAAUAGUUAGACUUUGCACCCCUGAUCCCAGCUAUUUUUCUAUAUUGCCUUCUUACGUGUGCAAGACACAUCCAUAUUUGUAAAGCCAUCCCAGUCUCUAGCUCUAGAUUGACCGAUUCACAAGUUGUCCAGUGUAUGUCGUACUGCGUUUGAAGUAUUUGUACCUUUUCUCGGUGUCUUUCGGUGUUAGCAAUGUCAAGUCGAAUAACCCGUUUGUAUAGGGUUGUUCCUCACGCUGCAUGUGGUCUUGCAUGAGCAAAAAUGUAAACGGAAAGAUGCAUAGACGUUGCUCUUAUUGUUUGUGUCACAAGACUCGCUGCAUUGUAUAACUGUCCCCAGCCAUAGUGCCUUACAUAUUUUGAGGUUGUUAAUGUUACUACUUAUAUAUGACUAUAUACAUGAAUAUUAAUGUACUGGACUGCGGCACUUGAAAUUCCAUUCAGUCGAUGCAUCCUAUGUGUGAGUAUAUAUAUGCACUCGUGUAUAUGUCCAUACAUAGCCUGCAUGGAUGUGAAGCAUCGCGGAUAGCGGUGCUUCUCUUUUGGAGUCGGUGUAUAUUUCAGUGUGUAGUGAGUUACUUUUCUGUUCUUUCAACAAGAACAGCAUGCUUUGCCGUUGCGAAUACUUACCGUUUCAUUAAAAACAUUUUUUUUUUCUUCCUUCAUUUUCCCUUUUCCCGAAUGAACUAGUGUACAAAGUGCAAGUACUGAGUAUUGCUUAACAUUUGCUAAUCACUUUCUAUUUAGUGAAACUAUUAUUACAAACAGUAUUUUUACUGUUUAAUGAAACUGCAAUACAAUCUAAAUAGUCGUUGAUUUUAUUUUCGUCUUCGUCUUUGUACUUUCAUUUAUUUGAGUGUUUUCACUUUGUUUCCUAGAUGUGGUGGGCAUGGCUUUGAUUAGGUAAGGAAGAAAAAAAUGCAAAUUAAUUCACAGUAUGGAAUUUUCUAAGCCUGAGCAAACCAUGCAGUAUUCGAUAUACACACAUAUAUGGAUAUAUAAUAUAGAGCUAGUCUAUUUAGUACAGAUGUUUGAUAAGGUGUGAGUUAAUUGUGUGCAAUUCUCUCAUUUAUGCAUGUGUGACAGUUAACUUUUCCCCUUUACAUUAUACCAUUUGUCAAAGGCUUAAGGCUUAUCGGUGUCGACUGCUUAUUUUAUACAUUCCGUCAGGGAGGAUAUAUACAUAUAUGGUAGCACCAGUCUAGAUAUAUGUAGAUAUGCCGUGCGUGCAUUUUAUCUGUUCAUUUUACUAGUUAAGCGUGUAUUUUCUUGUCUUUUAUUUUCAAAUGAAGUUGCUUUUGCAGCACCAAAGACUGUAAUUCAUUUCCUGAGCAAGGUAGCUAUUCUGUUUGCAUAGACCUCAGUUAUAAUAUAGUAUUGGAAUGGGGUUGAAUUAAAACAAACAAAAAAAUAGUAUUUAAACAAAACAAAAAAAAUAGCUGCAAUGGUUUUGUCUAGCUUAUUGGGCAAUUAAUAAGUCGUAUCAUUUCUUUCUUGAAUGUAUCAUAGGUAAGCUGCUACAUGAUGAUUGCCACUUCGAUAGCUGUGAAAUUAGGUGAUUUCUCUGAGUUUAAACCUAGUGUUGCUUUUUUUGUAUAGGUCCCUAAUUAUCUGAAAUAGAAGUGGUUUUGAUUUUUGUGUUUUGCGUUCAUAUUUGGAGUGUCAUUGUAACUACUGUACUGCUGAUGAUGAACAUUAGUUGCAUUUGUUGUUUUCUCGGGGUGUGUGUGUUUUUUGCAUCAGUAUUUUAUCCUUAUUAACCUUUUGGACUCAUCACUGCAUAUAUAUAAUGUAUCAAUGUAACUUAAUUUCUGUAUGUUUUCACAUUGAUGUUUUGUACGCUUCUGAAGCUAUAGCUUGCGGGAUUGAUUUCACUUUUUCAUUGCACGUAUAUAUGCGCUAUAAUACCAGUACUCUCUUCUGUGUCACAAGAGCACUGUGAGAUGCCAGAAGAAACACCUAAACAUAACGUUCAUUAAGUAGCUUCUGUCCACCAAUUACACACAAACGCACUCGCCACUAAGCACUCACACACGUGGGAUUAACUUUGGGGCGAUUAGACCGUUUGUCCAAAAAACAAAUUAGCCCGAUGUUUCUGUUCCAAAAUAAUGUUUUACAACUUGUUUUUGCUGUUAAAUUAAUUUAAACCAAUCUUUUGAUGCAACUGUUCACUGUUGUAUCUGGCAAGAAUAUCAGUCUGUCUUGUUAUUCUAAACAGCCUUGUGCUCGGAUCGCUCUGCCCUUUAUGAGUGUCUCAUAUCGAAAUGAUGUUUUGUCAACGCAAAACUGUGGUUAUUGUUAUGUGUUCCUUAACGAAGUUGAGACAGUGUGAGCAGCACUGUGUAUGUGCCUUGAGCUUCAGAAAGUGAGAAUUCAAGAUGGCGAAUCCCCCCCCCCCCGUAUUUGAUGAGAAAGGCAUAGAAUCCACCAACGGGCCGUUAGCAUAGAGACUGGGCGGCCUUUUAAACGGCCACGGUACCAGGAAUACAAUACACAAAACAGGACUUCAUCGCAUUGGUCAUUCCAGGGACCUGAAGUCCUCUGGUCAGCUUGUCGUAGAUGCUGGUGGUGCUCCUCUUGUGUCAGAUAGCCGCCACCAGAGCCCCUGUGAUAACACAAAUACACACACAAACAUCUUUUGGAUAGUCUCUCCCCGGCUAAACAGUAGAUGCAAUACUUUACAUCGUGCGGCCGUUGCACCACCAAGUGUUCUUAGAUAAUCUCCAUGCUUUACAUUACCUUGCAUGUUCACUUUGUGGGCCUAGAAGCUGUCUGCUCGGAGGAGCUUUUCCAUCGCGCAUAGUGGAAAAGGCAGAGCGCGAGUAACCAGAGCGCUUUUAAAAAAACAAACAAAAAAACACCAGUCUGGUUUGGAUGUUUAUUCUUUGUUUUGGAUGGAAACAGCUGUGUUAAGGAGGUUGUUGUUGUGAGUUCAAGACUCCACGUGUAAACACUUGCGUUGAUAUGGUUGUAUGUAUUUUGAUACCUGUACGCUUUACUGAUCAUACUCGAGUGUCACUUUGGGAAAGAAAGCUCAUGACAACAAGGCAUGAACUUGGCGGAUUAGUGCUUGAUAUAGUUCCCCCCCCAAUAAUCAGCAUGUGAAGUGUAAUCUGUGUUUUGAUUCCUCCAAAGGUAUUCACCAGCAAUGCGCCUGCAUAAACUCUCCCAUACUUGUUAGGGAAAGAAUGGAUGCAAGAGUAGAGACAUCUUAAAACCGUUUUCAUUUCCCACACCAUUGACACCUUGGGUUUAUGGAUACAUGAUUCUUUUUUUUUAGGAUUCAUUCAACAUUUAACAGAUAAAAGUUGUAAAAUUACAGUGAAAGUGAUAACUUUGAUAUCAGAAAACAAAUCCUCUGCUGCGGUAUUAUCCUUUUAGAGAUGUUAAUUCAGGGUCUGUAUUAGUACUACUGUGUUACUCUGAUUUGAUGAGGUUUGAUUUACUCAAGCGCUUAUUUUUCUGGUAAUCUGUCAAUUUUAAGAGUUAAUUCCCACUGCAAGUUAUGGAAUCAUCCGUUUAGAUUGAUCAUCAAAUAGAAAUCUGAACUGUUACUGUUUCAAUACCUGUAUACUUUUGUGGCUUUGUUUUUUUUCCAUUUUUCUUUCAUUUUGCUCUUUUACUUUUGUGCUACACUAGUUUGCCAUGUAGCAAUUGCACUGUGCAAUAUUUACAGUAUGAGAACUGGGAAAACUAACUCUAUGGAUGUGAUGUCUCUUUACAGUUUGCGAUAGUGUUUCCUCUCUAGUUCUCAGUGAUUUAGGUGUGACCAAGCCUUCUCUACUUUGUCACAUUAAGCGGGUUUUCCAGGUGACUCUUUUGGUGAGUGUCAAAAUAAGACUUUAUCGUGUAUUAUUGUUGAGAUUCACUUUGAAUUAAAAAAAAUCUAUCGAUGCA